AUGCUAGGGCUUAUUUACAACCAAGGUUUUAGAUCAAUCGCCGUAUGUUUAAUGCAUUCAUACACUUAUCCAGAACAUGAAGAAAUUGUUGGUAGAAUUGCCCAGGAAAUUGGAUUCACUAACGUGUCAUUGUCUUCCAAACUUUCCCCUAUGAUUAAAUAUGUAAAUCGUGCCAACUCAUGUGUUGCCGACGCUUAUUUGACACCUGAAAUUAAGAAGUAUUUACAGAGUUUUCAAUCUGGAUUGAAAUACGGCUUGAAAAAACUUAAUGAUGAUGAAAGCAAAGGAGUUUCUUGUCAAUUUAUGCAGAGUGACGGUGGACUGGUCGAUUCCUCUAGGUUUUCCGGUUUAAGGGCUAUUCUAUCAGGACCUGCAGGAGGUGUCGUUGGCUAUUCCAGGACUUGCUUCAACACGGAGAAUCCCAUUCCUCUAGUUGGCUUUGAUAUGGGCGGUACAUCCACUGAUGUUUCCAGAUUUGGUGAUAACAAAUUUGAUCAUGUUUUCGAAACUACAACUGCAGGUAUCACUAUCCAAUCACCACAACUAGAUAUUAAUACAAUCGCCGCAGGUGGUGGUUCGAUUCUGUCUUUUAAAAAUGGGUUGAUGCAGGUAGGUCCUGAAAGUGCGUCAUCACACCCGGGCCCCGCAUGUUAUAGAAAAGGUGGGCCAUUGACAGUUACAGAUGCAAAUUUACUGUUGGGUAGGUUGAUCCCAGAAUAUUUUCCUAGGAUUUUUGGUAAAAAUGAGGACGAAACAUUAGACACUGAAAUUACGAAGCUAAAGUUCACUGAACUAACUAAUGAUAUUAACAGAGCUCACGAGAACCUAGAUGAUAAAUCGAUUCAUGAAAUAGCUUAUGGUUUCUUGGAAGUUGCUUGUGAAAGUAUGGCUAGACCGAUUAGACAGUUGACUGAAGCAAAGGGUCAUAUCAUUUCAUCGCACAGAUUGGUCUCAUUUGGUGGUGCUGGUGGACAAUGUGCAGUUCAAGUCGCAUCAAUCUUAGGUAUCAAGGAAGUUUUGGUUCAUAGGUAUUCUUCCGUGUUAUCUGCAUAUGGCAUGGCUCUUGCAGAUGUUGUUGAAGAAACUCAACAACCUUUUUCAACAGAGUUCACCGAUGCAAAUCAGGCUAUAUUAUCCGAGAGACUAAAUGUAUUGAGACAGGAGAGUGUUUCAAAACUAGAGAAACAAGGUUUUAUCAAAGAAAAUAUAGAACUUGAGGAAUACUUAAACAUGAGAUAUCAAGGUACCGAAUCCGGAAUCAUGGUUCCUAAAGAAGAAGAGGGGUUCCUAGAAACUUUCAAAGAGAUGCAUUUGAGGGAAUUUGGUUUUCUAUUCGAGUCGAAACCCGUUUUGGUAGAUGAUGUUCGUGUUAGGGCAAGUGGUAAAGUCAGGCAAAGACAGGAUGAGCCAGUGGACCGUCAACUACUUGAGUUGCAUAAUAAUGGUGGGCUAUGUGAACCAGAUCCAAACAGACUAAAAUUCAUCAAGGAAAUUUUCUGGAAAGUUGAUGGUAAGUUAAAAGCAUUACCUACUGAGAUUUACAGAUUGGAAGAUACAAAAGUUGGAACCUUUAUACAUGGCCCUGCAAUUAUUGCAGAUGGUACUCAAACCAACGUUGUUCCUCCAGGUGCAGUGGUUACAGUUCUAAAAACACAUUUAUUCAUCCAAAUUCUGGAUGAAAAGUCAAAGCCAAGAGAAGAUAAUCCAGACGGUGCAAUGGAAGCAGCAAAUAGCUCGAUACAAAUUGAGCCUGUUCUUUUGUCUAUCUUUGCAAAUCGGUUUAUGGAUAUUGCUGAACAAAUGGGUACAUCAUUGCAGAAAACAUCGGUAUCAGUCAAUGUUAAGGAAAGAUUAGACUUUUCAUGUGCUCUGUUUGACUCUGAUGGUAAUUUGGUUGCUAAUGCACCUCACUUACCUGUUCACUUAGGAUCUAUGUCUGCUUGCAUUUCUACUCAAGCUAAGCUGUGGAAUGGCAAGCUCAAACCAGGUGAUAUUUUAGUAACUAAUCACCCAUCUGCUGGGGGAACACAUCUACCGGAUAUCACUGUGAUUACUCCUGCUUUUGAAGGUGAUGAAAUAAUCUUUUAUGUUGCCUCACGUGCACAUCACGCUGACAUUGGUGGGCUAUUGCCAGGUUCUAUGCCUCCAACAUCGACUGAAUUAUGGCAAGAAGGUGCAGCAAUUUUUUCUGAAUUCUUAGUCAGAGAUGGUAAAUUUCAGGAGGAAACAAUAAUUGAAAAGUUAUUACAUGAACCUUCAAAACAUCCAGGAUGUUCUGGUACUAGACGGUUGUCUGACAAUUUAUCAGACUUAAAAGCCCAAAUUGCUGCCAAUCAGAAAGGCAUUCAAUUAAUUGCUCUGUUAGUCAAAGAGUUUGGCUUAGCUACUAUUGAUGCUUACAUGAAGGCAAUUCAAGACAAUGCAGCAGAAACAGUCACGAAAAUGAUAGAUUCGUUAUUAGAAAAGAACAGAGAAAAGAGUUUGAAAUGCACUGAUUAUAUGGAUGAUGGCUCUCAAAUUUCUCUAUCGGUUUAUAGAGAUCAAGAAAGUGGUAAAGUAAUUUUUGACUUUGAAGGUACAUCUGCGCAAAGCUACAAUAACUUCAAUGCUCCUUCAGCGAUUACUUACUCAGCAAUUAUCUACUGCUUAAGAUGUUUGGUCGAUGAUGAAAUUCCAUUGAACCAGGGUUGUCUUAGGCCGAUCGAAGUAAAGAUCCCUAAAUCUUCUCUAUUAUCUCCAGACGAUGGUAGUGCUGUUGUUGGUGGAAAUGUUUGCACGUCACAGAGAAUUACAGAUACUAUUCUCAAAACUUUUGAUGUUAUGGCUGAUUCUCAGGGAUGUUGUAACAACUUCACAUUUGGAAGCGGAGGUAAUGGUCCAAAUGGUAAAUAUGUCCAAGGUUUUGGUUAUUAUGAAACUAUUGCUGGUGGUCAUGGUGCAUCCGCAAAUUGGGAUGGUGUUUCAGGUGUUCACACCAACAUGACAAACACAAGAAUUACAGAUGCUGAGAUAUUUGAACGUAGAUACCCCAUUUUAUUAAGGGAGUUUUCGAUAAGAAAAGAUUCAGGAGGAAAAGGUGUCAGGAAGGGUGGAGAUGGUGUUGUCAGAGAUGUUGAAUUUAGGGUGCCAGUUACUGCGUCUAUUUUGUCGGAACGUAGGGUCGUUGCUCCACAUGGCAUUCAUGGUGGAGAGGACGGUGCAAGAGGCGUAAACUUAUGGGUUAGGAACUACAAGAAUAAAAAGGGGGAGAUUGAGGAGAGAAUAUAUAACCUCUCAGGUAGAGCGAGUGUCGAUGUUUCUGCAGGAGACAGGAUCGUAAUUAUGACCCCCGGUGGUGGUGGGUGGGGUAGAAUAGAUAGUAUUGAAAAGUCCUCCUCUAACUCCAACAAGAGAACAUGGUCAAAAAUUGCUAGUGGUUCACUCCAUAACAGAAAAAGACAACAGUUAGAAAAUUAA